AACAUGCAAUACAUUGUCAACAUAUAACUCAAGAUAUCGAGUAUACAUUGGAUAAUGCCAUGAGCAUGAUCUAUCAAAUAUUUUAGAAAGGAAAAAUUAAUGAAAACGAAAUAGGAAAAAAUUAUAGUAUGAACUUUUAUUUGGUCGUCCAUCUAAAAAGCCCAUUAAUUGAGCACAAAGCCAAGUUCCACCAGGCCGAAACGUUUCUUUAGUCUUUACCCUAACCUUCCAGCGAAGGCACACAGCCGCCGCCGUUUCUUCAUCUUCUCGCAGCGCCGGCGCUCCAUCUUCCCCUCCCUUCCGUACUCGCGCUCGGCACGCGGGCAACGGCAGCGGCGCUCAGGCUCUCAGCGACGGCGUCAGCGGCUUCCCCUCCCGACUCUCGCCAGUCGCCUCGCGCCCUAGCCUCCGAUCCUCCGCACACCGGCCGGUGACCCAGCGUUCAGUUAGUGGUCCAUUGAAGUGUAGCUGUAUUGCGAUCUUCAACUGCUGGGGCCAUGGCCUACGAGAUUAGUGAGAUCAAAAAGAUUGGCAUAGGUCUGGUGGGGUUUGGCAUCCUAUUCUCAUUCCUUGGUGUUAUCCUUUUCUUCGAUAGGGGCUUGUUAGCUCUGGGUAAUAUUUUCUUUUUAACUGGAGUGGGUCUGUUACUCGGUUGGCAAUCUAUGUGGCAGCUUUUCACAAAGAAGGCAAACCUUAAGGGAUCAGUGCCUUUCUUCAUUGGUUUGUUUCUUCUGUUUGUCCGUUGGCCUGUUGCUGGUAUAAUCAUGGAACUAUAUGGAUCUUUUGUGCUCUUCAGUGGUUAUGGGCCUCCUAUCCAGGCCUUCCUGUAUCAAAUACCAAUCAUUGGUUGGAUUCUGCAGUACCCAUUCCAGCUGCUUGGUCAGUUGAGGCGUAAACGCACCUGAAAUGUUCUGCAACUGCCAAGAUACUCUUUGACUCUUCAUGGUUAAAGCUAUGGUUUAUUGUUCAUAUUUAGACAAUAAGAGUUCAUAAGUUGAUGGAUGCUCCGACUCUUGAAGCAGGACCUCAGUGCCUUUUGGUCAUCACAACAACAAUGGGGCCAGAGUGAUCACACCUGAUUUAUUUCUGAUUCUGGAAUCUGGACACAAUUUGACAAAUUAUUUUGCAAGUUGCACGGACGGAACCCUUGAAGAAAACUAGAGAAAACAAAAUCUUACAGUGGAGCUUGAUAGCCCACCUGAUGAAUACCACGCGUGAUCUGCUUCAUUUUUUUGUCAGAUGCAAUGUUCAUAUGGUGAGACGCCUUUGGUAUUUGAAUUUCGUUGCAGAUAGUGACAUAUGGUUCUAUCAGCUGAAGAGUGAUGCCUUUUUCCAUUGUUUUGAUUGGAAAUGUGAUGCUGUUAAUGUUUGGAACAAUGAUUUAUUA